UUCGUCUUGCGACUUCUACUUAGUGAGUUUGCGCUGCGGACGUUACAAAUCUAAAUAUGUCACAGGGAAGCAUCAACUCAGAUUUAGCCAAGGAGAGACAGAAGGCAACAUUUAAUGUAGAAAAUUUAUCAGUUCUACUACAUGGAGGGCCAGCUAAGCUAAAAAGGAAGCGUUAUAUUGAAAACCUUGUAUGUGAAGAUCCGUUUUAUAGACAGCUUAAACCUUGGUCGUAUUGUAGUAUAGAGGAGCAAUAUGAAAACGCCCUAAUAAAACACAUACAUGCUAAAGAACAGAUUGAAAAGCAUGGAAUAAAAGACAGAAAUGAUCUGAUAACAUAUAAAGGGAGCGCUUUUCCACACGAGGCAGAUCCCAUAGCCAUCAACACGUCUAUGUUUAUCCCCUCUUUAGAACAACAGGGAACAGAAGAACAAAAAGCAAAAUGGUUACCUUUAGCAUAUCAGGAAAAAAUUAUUGGAACAUAUGCACAAACUGAAAUAGGACAUGGUACGUUCUUGAGAGGACUGGAGACAACAGCGACAUAUGAUCCAAAGACUAAAGAGUUCGUACUAAAUACUCCAUCUUUGUCUGCAACUAAAUUCUGGCCAGCUGGAUUAGGAAAAACAGCAAAUCAUUGUGUAGUGGUUGCCCAGUUAUACACACAAGGAAAAUGUCAUGGUAUUCAUAUAUUCAUGCUACAGCUGAGGAGUUUAGAAGACCACAGCCUGCUUCCUGGGAUUGAGACAGGUGUGAUAGGUAACAAGUUUGGAUUUGGAACAAACGACAAUGGAUAUCUAAAACUGAACAGUGUCAGGAUUCCACGUGAUAAUAUGCUGAUGCGAUACUCUAAAGUCUUAGAGGAUGGUACCUAUAUUAGACCUGAAAAUCCUAAAGUAACUUAUGGCGUCAUGGUACUUGUCAGAUCAUUUAUUGUUAGAAAUGCCGCUGUGUUACUGGCUGAGGCUUGUACCAUAUCUAUUCGAUACAGUGCUGUCAGAAGACAAUCUGAAUUAAAACCGGGGGGUAUAGAACCACAGAUUUUAGAUUAUCAGACACAACAGUACAGGUUGCUUCCCUUGUUGUCUACAGCGUAUGCUUUUCAUUUUGCCUCGACUAACAUGACAGAAACAUACGAAAGGAUUAGCCAACAAAUUGAGGGUGGACGUCUUGAUCAACUACCACAGUUACAUGCAUUAGCAGCGGGACUUAAAGCUUUCACAACGUAUGCAUCAUCUGCAGGAAUUGAGGUAUGCCGAAUAUGCUGCGGUGGUCAUGGAUACUCACAUGCUAGUGGACUUCCAAAAAUCUAUGUUUCCGCGGUGCCCGGUUGCACAUAUGAAGGGGAGAAUACAGUAUUGAUGUUGCAGGUGGCAAGGUAUCUAAUGAAGUGUUACAGAGAGAAACAACAGGGGAAAUCACUCCCUGGAUUUGUCAGUUAUAUUGGCGAGUCUAUGGAAAAGAAAUCACUUAUGGGCGCCGAUGUAUCAUUCACUUGCUUAAUCAAGGCUUAUAAACACCGAGCGGCAAGAUUAAUUGAAGAGGCUGCGAAACAAAUGCAGUCGUUUAUUCAGGCAGGUAGUCCUGCACACGUAGCCUGGAACAAAAGUUCGGUACAACUCUUUUUGGCUGCAAAUGCUCAUUGUCACUUGUUUUGUGUCGAGAACUUUAUAGAUAGCAUUAGAGACUGUAAAGUAGAUAGUAAUACAUCAAAGGUUUUGAAUGAAGUUUGUCAGCUAUAUGGUGUCCAUGGAAUCAUAGAAAAUUUAGGCGAAUUUAUGCAGGACAACUUCCUAACAGGACAUCAUGUAGAUUAUUUACAGAAGAAGAUGCUGACCUUAUUUGAGUUGAUGAGGCCUAAUGCAGUGGCGCUCGUAGAUGCUUUCGAUUUCCCAGACCAUAAGUUAGAAAGCUGUUUAGGCCGUUAUGAUGGUCAAGUCUACCAAGCCUUGUAUGAUUAUGCAAAAAUGGCGCCUAUGAAUCAAACAGAGGUCCACAGUACCUAUUACACACAUCUCAGACCAUUGAUGAGUGGAGAUUCAAAACUUUAAACAGUUUUAUUUAUGUUGAAGUUAUUCAAAACACUAAAGCGUUAAACUUGUCUUCCAAAAUUUUGCAAUGACACUGUAUUGUUGUGUUGAACUCUGAACCUAGACUGCCUCUAUUGAAAAUUUGAAGUCAUUCAAGGAUACUUAUCCUCAAUCUUAUAUUCAGAGUAUGCUAGUAUUUGAAAUGAUGUUUUGUGGUUUUAUUUUGUUGAUAACUUACUUGGUUGUUAGUAAAUAAAGAGACAACACUACUUAACCAAG